UAGAUCCGUUCUUUAUUUGUCCAUAGAUACAAUUAAAACAAACCAGAAUUGAUUCCUGUUACCUGUUUAACUAUUCUAUUUGAUCCUGCCUUAAAUUCUUGUUUGUAAUUAAAGGAAAAAUAAUAAUAAAAUCGUCAUAUAAAUAGCCCAUGAAAAUAAAACUUUCGUCAGAAUUAUUUACAGUGCGUGAGAAGUAUCGGUUAUUGGUGGAGGCAUGUUUGCGAGACGAUGGAAAGUUUUAUUACUGACUGUACUCAUUAGUCGAAUUGCACUUUGCGAGGCUUCGAGAAUUUUGGGAAUUUUUCCAUUUCAUGGAAAGAGCCAUGCGAUAAUGACCAAUGCUCUGAUGAAGGGUUUGGCCAGACGGGGUCAUCAGGUUCAUAUAAUAAGUCAUUAUCCUUCUCUUGAACCGAUGGAGAAUUACACGAUUGUCGUAAAUCUGAACGGAACAAUCAAGGGUAUCGUUGGACAAUUUUCCGUUGCUGGAGUUUUGGACGACAAGUUUCAGAGUAAUAUUGCAAUGACAUUGGGAACCUUGGCUGGCAACGACGUAUGCGAAUUAUUGGGAACGGAUGUUAUGCAAAAUUUUAUAAAAAGUUUGCCCAAUUCCGAGCCAUACGAUUUGAUUAUUACCGAGGUUUUCGGCGCCCACUGUUAUAUGGGAUUUGGUCAUUUAUUGAAAUUGCCCGUAGUCGGUGUGGCCACUUGCUUGGAAUUUAGCUGGAUGGCCGAAAUGAUUGGGAAUCCAGUUCAACCGGCACUUUAUCCCGAUGCGUAUUCCCACCUUAGGGCACCGUUGAACUUUUGGGGUAGACUACAAAACACCCUGAGCGUACCGCGAUCGAAAUAUAAUUUUCAAAAAGUAACGCAAGUGCAGACGGAUCUAAUGAGGAAAUACUUGAGUCCGGAUAUGCCGGAUAUACGCGAGGUGGAAAAAAUACUUUCGUUACUCUUGGUAAACACGCAUCACAGUCAAUUCGAAGCAAGACCAGUGGUACCGGCCCUCGUAGAAGUGGCAGGACUUCACGUGGAGGACAAGGAGUCGAAAUCGUCGCCGGAAGUUCAAAAAUGGCUGGACGAAAGUACAGAAGGUCUCGUAUACUUCACUCUGGGUUCACUGAUAAAUAUCGAAACUUUUCCCAAUGCGACCCUGUCUGCGAUAUACACGUGUUUUUCGAAAAUCGCGCCAAUUCGCGUCCUCAUGAAAAUAACCAAUGCCGAGUCUUUGCCGGAGGGACUUCCGAAAAAUGUAAAAAUCUUACCGUGGCUGCCCCAAGUACAAAUAUUAAAGCAUCCUAAUACGAAAGCAUUCAUAACCCAUGGCGGUCUGAUGAGUCUCCAAGAAGCACAAUACUACGGCAUACCUCUCGUAGGCAUUCCAUUGUUCGCUGAUCAAUAUUUAAAUGUUGUGACAUACGUUGAUAAGAAAAUGGCCGUAUCACUGUACCAUAACGAGAUAACGGUCGAAAGCCUCGGGAGAGCUUUGAAUGCUGUACUCCAUGAUCCCAGUUACUGGAAAGCUGCCAAACACGAAUCCAUUAAGUUUCGAGAUCGUCCCAUGUCGGCUAUGGAUACGUCCAUCUAUUGGAUCGAGUAUAUACUUCGAAACGGUGGAGAUUCAUUAAAAGCAAGAGGAGCAAACGUACCGUGGUGGCAGAUUCAAUUAAUAGACGUAUACGCCACGAUUUUAUUAGCUUUGCUGACAACAAUUUAUCUCAUCUAUUUGGUGACUAAGUACGUAGUGUCGUUAGUCUGGAAUGCUGUGGGAGAAGUGAAAGUAUCAAAGAAAAAAUCGAGCUAGGUUGUUGGUUCAUAGAGGCGUGUGAGAAUAAUAUUAAAUAAAAAUAAUUUAUAAGAAAACGAAGCGUCGUCACAUCCAGGAAAGAAUUACUGUAAUAUUUUUUUUUCUUUUUUAAACUUUUUUGUAAUGAUGCAAUAUACGUAUAACUGGACGUACGCAAGUACAGUCCACGUUACGUUUACUGAGCCAA